AUGGAGCCCCUCUCCUUCCAGGAAUACAUCUGCUCCCUGGACCCCGCCACCCUGCCCCGCAUCCUCAGGAUUUGCUCCGGUGUCUACUUCCAAGGGUCUGUGUAUGAGAUCUCAGGCAACGAAUGCUGCUUGUCGACGGGUGACCUGCUGAAAGUCAUGGCCGUGGCACUGCAGAAGGUCAUUUGUGAGGACACGGAGACAGGGCAGACAACGGAGCUGCCAUCAACAUUUAAGGGUCUUUUCCAGCCUGCCCCAGCCCCGGGGCCAUACCCGACACUGCGGGGACCCUUCCUGGAGCGCGGCAGACAGCAGGGUCUGACGCUGCACCAGGUGCUGGGGCGGUGGGAUGGGCGGCCACAGCCUCUGCUCUGCCCCACCAUCGGCCCCCACGCCCUGCUCCUGCACCCUGUCUAUGAGGUGCACGCCGCGAUGCACUUGCGUCGGGAUGUGGUGAAGAUCCCUUCCACGCUGGAGGUGGACGUGGAAGAUGUCACAGAGGAGGCGCAGCACGUCCACUUCGCCCGGCCGCUGCUGCUGAGCGAGGUGCUGGGGAUGGAGGAGGUGCUGCCGGCCGAGGCCGAGAUCCUGGAGGGUCCAGCUGGCCCCGCCGUCUUCGUGAGCGCCUGGGUGCCGCGGCUGCAACGGGGGCAGCGGCUGCAGCUCCACGGCCGCUCUCGUGCCUGGCGGGUCCUGGCGUCGGCCCCCAGCAGCAGCCGCCAUUUUCUCCUGUCCAGCGCCUACCAGGGCCGGUUCCGCCGGCGGCCCCGGCAGUUCACGGGUGUGCAGGAGCUGGCGGCCGGCCUGCAGCCCGGCCGGCGGCUGUGUGUGGUGGUGACACAGGACUGCGAGGGCCGGGGGGACGGCGUGCCCCCGCUCGGUGUGGGCGACCGGCUGGAGGCCCAGGGGCUGCAGGGGGAAGGCCCCAGCACCCGGCUGCUCUGCCACCGCCACAGUGGGGAGGAGGAGGAGGAGGAAGGCGAGGAGCUGCUGCUGCCGCUGGACCUGGGGGGCGGCUUCGUGGAGGAGAUGCGUGACAGCAAGAAGUACGGGCUGGCAGAGCUGCUGGAGGGGCAGGCGCUGCCCUGCGAGGUCCGGGUGGUGGCCCCCGACCCGGGGCUGGAGCGGGACGUGCUGGGCGCCCUGCCCGCCCUGCGGCUGGAGGCCCGCCUGGACCAGCCCUUCCUAGUGGGCAGCUUCUGCGAGAGGCCGGAGGAGGGCUUCGAGAUCCCGCCGCGGUGGCUGGACCUCUCCCUCCUGCUGAGCGAGGAGCCCGUCCACCCCCAGGCCCCCUGCACCCGCUGCUCCCGGGUGGAGGAGCUGACCGAGGCCUUCUACUACCGGCUCCUGGCCCAGCUGCCCGGCAGCCGAGCCCCGCCGCCCCCGCGGCCCCCCAAGCCGGCACAGGCAGGGACGGGCCCUGGGGGAAGGCACCCCUCGGCCUCCGGACCCCCAGUCCCCAGCGCCCCGCCAGUGAGCACCCGCCCAGCUCCUCCACCGCUGCCGCUCCCAGCCCGGCCCCGACUGAGCACCCCCAACCAGUAUGGCCGGCGGGGACCCCGCAGCAAUGCAGGCACAGAGAGCAACAGCGCUGAACAUGAUUACGAAACUGUUGAUGACAACAUUCAAAAGACAAUUCACAAAAUGCAGGCAAUUUUUCCAUUCUAGUCCUCUGGUUUCUGGAAGCCA